UCUAAAUUAUUCAAUUCCCAAUGUGAUGUACGUCGACUUUAAUUGAAAUACUCGUACUUUAGCUAAAUAUUAGCAAUAAGGAAUAUAUUUUAAUCGAAAUCUGUUGCAAAGCAAAGCGAGAGAGUGAAAAACAUGACAGCUGAGUUUAAUACGCGUAACACUUUUCGCAAAAAUGGUCCUGCCGGGUUAGGCAACAACAAUGCUCGCAAUGUGAUUACGAGUACCUCGGCGAAUCCCUCCGGCGGAAGCAGCGCAUCGUUGCUGCAAAAACAGCUGUCAUUCAAAACGCCCAUUUGCUCGAACCAAUUUGGCAAAGCCGAUGAGGUUGAAAUUAUUGAGAGCUCCAACUCGGACAAUUUGGGUGGAAGAUAUAAUAAGAACAACAUAAUUGGCUGGAUAUGCUGUGCUCCCUGCAUAUGGUUGCGAACAUCUGCCGCAGUUCACAAAGUGGCGAUAACAUCCGCAACCCUGUUGGUGACAACCCUGCUGGUGGCUUCGCCGAUCUUAUUUUUAAUUAGUACAGCACCCUCUCCUUUACCGAGGGAUUGCUAUAUGGAGGGUGAUGGAUGUUCGCCCACGAGCUCGUCUCCUUCAGAAUGCACGGAAGCCAUUUGUGAGACAGUGUCGUCCAAUAUUCUGGCCAGACUCAAUUGGAAUAAGGAUCCUUGCUCGGAAUUCAAGAAGUUCAGUUGCUGGCGCAGCAGUCUUAAUAAAAAUAUAACGAAUCAGAUCGAAAUGGGCAAUUCACAGAAAUCAGUUGAUAUUCAAAUGCAGUUACUUUUGCAGAGCUCCAGCAUGAAUGGAACUUUUCAGAAACUGCAUAGCUUAUUCGAAAGUUGUUUAAAGCUGACCAUAAAUUCAACAGCGAUACACCGCGUAUUUAAUAGCUUAGGAGGUUACUUAACGGUUGGCACCGUAGGUCCUUCAUCCAUUGCACCGCUCGCAGCCAAAAUAUAUGAUCUUGGCCCAAGUCCACUAGUUGAUAUAUAUUAUGAUCUCAGUUACGGCAGAAGACCGCAUGUUCUUCUCAUCAUUAGCGGACCAAGUACGUCGUCUAUCAUCCUGGAGAAUAAAAUUCGAUGGAUGAGUCCUAAAGCACCUCCGAAUCGACUACGGCAAGGAGUCCCAAAGUUAUUACCAGAUUUAAUUGAUCAGUUUCUACCAAAUUAUUUAUCUUAUGCUCAACGAAUCGCUGAGAAAGAUACCAUACUCGAGUUUGUAAAGGAUCUCAAUAAGAUGCAAGUCGAGCAAUCGCGUCGUGGAUUUUGGGAUAGCUCUGUCUUGUAUAAUAUAUCCAGUUUGCAAUCCAUGUAUCCAGUGUUAAACUGGACUCUUCUUAUUCCCAAAGACUGGAGUGGGCCUAUAGUUGUAAGAAAUGCCGAUUAUCUUAGAGCUUUACAAGCAUUUCUAACCAAAUAUCCAUCUCGAGUUGCGCACAACUCAAUGCUAUUAUUAAGUGCACUUGAAAUUUUACCAAAAGAUUAUCCAAAUCCAGAGGUAUGCACCCGAUCGACAAUGUGGGCUUUGCCUGAACUUGCAUCGGCUUUAUAUAUUGCUCAACACUCUUCGGAGGAUUCUAAGGACAUUAUAAAACGGGCGGAUAUUAUAUUCAAAUCACUGAAAGCUCAUUUAAAGAGGGCUCCGUCCUUGAAAGGAGCUGCACUCGUUAAACUAUCGGCCUUAAAAAUACAAUCCCAAACAUGGGAAGGAUUUACAAAUCUAACAAUAUUGAAGCAAUCACAGGAGUCCCUUCAAAUAAGCCCAGAUAGUUGGCUUGAAAAUAUUUUAGAGAUAUAUAAAAGAAAUAAAUUAGUACCAAAUUCGAUUAAUAUGGACUCUAGCUCCCACGACGCAUGGGCCUAUCCUAUAGUAUCGACCAUAUUUUACGAUACUUUAAGCCAUUCAAUUGUGGUUCCUUUGUCGGUUAUAUCCAUACCAUAUUUUAACGCACGAUUGCCACCAUAUUUGCAUUAUGCCUCAAUUGGCGUUUCUAUUGCCAAAGAGAUAUUAAGAUCAAUAACGAAAAACUUUGAUGACAAGGCAAUGCGCUGUGUCCCACAUUCUGUUAAUAUAUUUUCAAACUUUAGCCGAAUGGAUAUUCUAAUACAUUCUGGAGGAAUGCAGAUCUCAUACCACUCAAUGCUUUCUCUGACCGGUCCCAUCAAGGGCAUGGCACGUCUCCCGGGAUUGAACUUAACACCAACUCAAAUCUUUUUCCUAGUCUCUGCUCAAGAACUCUGUGCUGAAUCAAACUAUAUGGGAAUUGACACAAGCGCUUCCGAGUUCGACAACAUAUUGGGUUGGCUCAUUGCCCAAGGCGGUAGCGCGACUGAAGUUUUCAAAUGUCCAUCGGGGUCUAUGAUCAAUAUACAGAAAACCUGCAAUGUUCUUUAAAUGUAAUUUGUAGUAAAGUACAAAAUAAACUAGUGACAUUUUACCGAA